CACACUCCACACAAUCCUCCCCGCACCCACCCCUCCACCUUCCUUCGUUGACUCGUCGACUUCAAAACCUUGGGAAAAUUCUCUAAUGGCUGCUCCUUGAUCAAAUCCCCCAAAACUCUCUCUAAAACACAAAAAAAACACCACCUUCUUUCUCUAAAUGGACUCGUCUCUCCAAGCAGUCCUCGCCGCCGCUGCCAGCUUCUUCCUCAUAACACUGAUCUUCGCUUUCAUCGUCAUCGUCUGCAAAUCCACCUCAAACCAAGACUACCGACGACGACGACAACGCCACCACCAUCAGAGCAGAACGGUACCAAAUCCGGAGCUCUCCAUGACAAUCGACGAAAGCGCCACCUUUGACCCGGAAAUGAACCGGAUCUCCAUGGAGGAGCUCAAAGUGUCCACCAAGAAUUUCUCCGCCGAUUUAAUCAUCGGCGACGGAAGUUUCGGCUUGGUUUAUAAAGCUACACUGUUUACCGGCUCUACGGUCGCCAUUAAAAAGCUUGACCCGGAUGCCUUUCAAGGUUUUCGUGAGUUUCGCGCCGAGAUGGAGACUUUAGGCAAGUUGCGCCACCGAAAUAUAGUUAAAAUUCUCGGGUAUUGUGUUUCGGGUUUGGAACGGGUUCUAAUUCUUGAGUUCGUUGAAAGAGGAAGUCUUGACCAGUGGAUUCAUGACACGUCAUCGACGAAUAACGAGCAGUUUGUUAAGAUCCCGUUACCUUGGGAGACGAGGAUCAAGGUAAUUAGAGGAGUGGCCAAUGGCCUUGCUUAUUUGCAUGGGCUUGAGACCCCCAUUAUUCAUAGAGAUAUCAAGGCUAGCAAUGUUUUACUGGAUUCGGAAUUCGAGGCCCAUAUUGCUGAUUUUGGGCUCGCCCGUAGAAUCGAUGCGUCGCAUUCCCAUGUGUCAACGCAGGUAGCCGGGACCAUGGGAUACAUGCCGCCGGAAUACAGGGAGGGUGCCGGGGCAACGGUGAAGCUAGAUGUUUACAGUUUUGGGAUUUUGAUGUUUGAGGUUGCGACCGCGGAGAGGCCAAAUUUGCCUAAGGUGGUGGAGGAGAAGGAGGUGUGGCUGAUUGAAUGGGUCAGGAAAAUGUUAGGGCAAAAUCGUCAUAUGGAAAUGUUGGAUAGUAAUACACCCAAGGAGGGAUUGAGUGAAGAUGAAGUCAAGGAGUAUUUCAGAAUUGCGUCUUUGUGUACAGGAGAGUGUAUAGACAGGCCUGCCAUGAGUGAAGUCGUGGGUUUGUUGAAAAAACUUUCAACGUGAAAUUGUAAUUUGGUGAAGAUUUGGAUUAGUUUUUGUCAUCGCCAAGAAUACUACGUGCAUAUAUCUUGGGAGGUGCAAGAUUUGUGCACGGUGGUAAUGGUGGCCUAGGUCAAAUUUAGGUGGGAGUGAUGUGAUGAAAGGGAUGUACAUAGCUCGUGGACGCAUUGCUAAAAUGUUAAACGGGUAAGUAAAAAUUAUUUAAUUGAGGUGCUUUUAUUAUAUAAUGUUAGAAAUUAGUAUUUAACUGA